GUUCUUACCCAAAUUAAGCACACACAAUCCACACACCCACUAGGGUUUUCUUCUCCAUUUCAUUUCCUUCCAAGACCAAAUCCCACAACAACACACUCUGCGCGGAGAUCUUCCCAAACUGACCGGAAUCCAACUCAUCGCAGCCCUCUCACUCAUUUCUAUACUUGAAUCUCCGGUUUGGUUGAAAGUUUCUGAAAUGGAUGAGACUGGGGGAGAGGUAGCUGGAUUGUGAAGCCUAGGGUUUUUGCAUUGGGGCCCUUUGAUCGGAGAAAGGGCCCUCGGAGUUUGUUCCGGUCAGAAAUGAAGGAGUUGAUAGGUAGACCAGGGUCGGUUACUGGGUUACUACUCAGAAUCGGCCAAUUCGGGUUCGCUUCCGCCGCCAUCGGAGUUAUGCUCUCCGCCGAUCGCUUCGCCACAUUCACCGCCUUCUGCUAUUUGAUUGCGUCAAUGGGGCUUCAAGUGCUAUGGAGCUUUGGGCUUGCUUGUCUUGAUAUUUAUGCGUUGAGGAGAAAGAGAGACCUCCAAAAUCCAAUCCUAGUUAGCCUAUUUGUUGUCGGUGAUUGGGUAACAGCUACUUUAUCACUUGCUGCUGCAAGCGCUUCAGCCGGAAUAGUAAUCCUUUAUUCCAAGGACACUGACUUCUGCACUUCAAAAUGGGAUAUACCAUGCCAGAAGUUCCAGAUAUCGGUGGCUUUUGCUUUCCUUACCUGGGCCUUUAUUGCCAUAUCUUCUCAUGUGAUGUUUUGGAUCCUAUUAGCUUCGGUUUAGAGAUUCUUGUUUUUUCCUCCUCUGGCCUGCUGCUGACAUACAUGUAAGUUACAGCCUUCAUUUGUUUUCAAUGUAAAUGAAAAAGUUUUCUGUAACAGGCCUUAUCUUUUCUGGGGCAGCUUUCAGAAUCCUGGUAUUUGAGUUUCUUUCUGUCCAGUCAUGUUGCUUCAGCACCUGCAUCACAGCUUAAUCUACCUUAUGCCAUUUCUAGUUUGUCAAACCUUCAGGAUCUACAUGGAGUUUACUUAAACUACAUGCUGAUUAGUCUGUUAUUAUACCACUAGGGAGUUUAACUGCCCUACAUUGAGCUGAUGUGCAUGGGGUUACCCUUCAAGCCUACAAGGCUAGGCUAAAUGAUUUUGAUUCCCGAGAAUUGCUAAUAGAAACUUGUGGAUACAUUUUGUGGAUACAUUGAACUAAUAGGCUUCAUUAAGUGCACCAAUUGGUAAAACUGAUUCGUGCAUCAAAGUAUUGGACUUGUCUUUGAGAUUUGUAUAUGAAUAGACCAAAUUUGAUAGUGCUAUUUAAGAAAA